AUGCGUGAUCGUGAACAGUUUGAAGGUUGGACUAGGUGGCUCGAAGAUGCAUUUUUGCUAUAUACACCUGAUGACCCUGAAUGGUUGAGACCUUACUAUAUCACCCGAACUGAGGAAGAGGAGCCUCGGCUCACACCAGACCAAGAAACUGAUCUGAUGAACGAACAAAUCGAAGCUAGCGAGGGGUUUGAUAUUGAUUUUACGAAGUUCCGCUGCCUUUUCAACUACCAUCCUGUUGAUUUUGAUGAUGAUGAAUUCGUUGAGGAGCCAGAAACCAAUUUGGAUUUACUCAAGAGGCUGUCUCAGAAGUCCAUUGAUAACUACAAUCAAGAACAUGAUACCGAAUAUGAAUUUACCAAGGUUCUCUAUUCCAAUUUUCACAUGUCUGCUGGAGUAAUGUUUCUCAUUACAUUCCAAGUGAAGGAUCUUGCUGAUAACCUGACAAGAGAGUUCCAAGCUAGGAUUCACUACUCUUUCGUCGACGAGAGCAACUUUGUCUUCUGCCGGCCGAAACCUGAUCAAGAAGAUUCGACCAAUGAAGAUGGCGUUGGAGUUGCUGAGAAGGAAGGCUAA